CUGAAAAGCAAGCGGUCUGCUUGCGGCUUUGGGAUCUUGAAGACGGUGAUCUUUUGCAGGCUAGGAGCUUUGGUUGCUGCUGGCUGCUUUUCCUACUCUCACCCCGGAGGCCAAGCCUCGUGCCCGAGAUGGCAGCCACCCUGCUCAUGGCUGGAUCCCAGGCACCUGUGACAUUUGAAGACAUGGCCAUGUACCUAACUCGGGAAGAAUGGAGACCUCUGGACCCUACCCAAAGGGAUCUUUACCGAGAUGUUAUGCAGGAGAAUUAUGGAAAUGUUGUCUCAUUAGAUUUUGAGAUCAGGAGUGAAAAUGAAGUGAACCCAAAGCAAGAGAUUAGUGAAGAGGUAGAAUUUGGAACCACAUCUGAUGAAAGACCUGUUGGGAGUAGGGAGGAAAAUCCUGAAGGUGAAGAGGCCUUUGACAGUGGUGACAGACCAGAAAGACAAUGGGGAGAUCUGACCGCGGAAGAGUGGGUAAGCUAUCCUCUCCAACAAGUCACCGAUCUGCUUGUCCACAAAGAAGUGCAUCCAGGCAUCCAGUAUCACAUAUGUUCUCACUGUGGAAAGGCCUUCAGUCAGAUCUCAGACCUUAACCGACACCAGAAAACCCACACAGGAGACAGACCCUAUAAGUGUUAUGAGUGUGGGAAAGGCUUCAGCCGUAGCUCUCACCUCAUUCAGCAUCAGAGAACGCACACUGGGGAGAGGCCCUAUGACUGCAACGAGUGUGGAAAAAGUUUCGGGAGGAGCUCUCACCUUAUUCAGCAUCAGACAAUCCACACUGGCGAGAAACCUCACAAGUGUAACGAGUGUGGGAAAAGUUUCUGCCGGCUGUCUCACCUCAUUCAGCACCAAAGGACCCACAGUGGGGAGAAACCCUAUGAGUGUGAAGAGUGUGGGAAAAGCUUCAGUCGGAGCUCUCACCUCGCCCAGCAUCAGAGGACCCACACCGGUGAGAAGCCGUACGAGUGUAAUGAGUGUGGACGAGGGUUCAGCGAGAGAUCUGAUCUCAUCAAACACUACCGGGUCCACACGGGUGAGAGGCCCUACAAGUGUGAUGAGUGCGGGAAGAACUUCAGCCAGAACUCAGACCUUGUCCGGCAUCGCAGGGCCCACACCGGGGAAAAGCCAUACCACUGUAACGAAUGUGGAGAGAACUUCAGUCGCAUCUCCCACUUGGUUCAGCACCAGAGGACCCACACUGGAGAGAAGCCAUAUGAAUGCAAUGCCUGUGGGAAAAGCUUCAGCCGGAGCUCUCAUCUGAUCACACACCAGAAAAUCCACACCGGGGAGAAACCUUACGAAUGUAACGAGUGUUGGCGGAGCUUUGGUGAAAGGUCAGAUCUAAUUAAGCACCAGAGAACACACACGGGAGAGAAACCCUAUGAGUGUGUGCAGUGUGGGAAAGGGUUUACCCAGAGCUCCAACCUCAUCACACACCAGAGGGUUCACACUGGAGAGAAGCCUUAUGAAUGUACAGAGUGUGAGAAGAGUUUCAGCCGGAGCUCAGCACUUAUUAAACAUAAGAGAGUUCAUACUGACUAAGUUCUGUCAUUGUGACUUAAAAAAAAAAAAGAUUCAUUUGAAGAUACGGUUCUAUUUGAUAUCAGUCAACUCCCUUAAGGUGGAGUUUUAUGUCAACCUACUGACUUUCUUGGUUGUGGGCCACAAUUGAAACAUCAAAGAAGACAAGCCUUUAAAAUUCUGACCCACAGCUUGGGGAAAAUAGUGGGUUUUAUUCACUCAAUAUUAAUGGAUUAUUUCUUCAAAAAGUAGUCUCCCACAUAGCUGGAAAUCUAAAACAGAUGCUAGUGGAUGCUUAAGCCUGGAGAUGGAGUAAAUCCUUAAAAGUUAUUUAU